CGAACAGCCGGAGUUUCGGGAGAAGGAUUCCAGCAGGUUGAGCGCUAAUAGAUGCCCCGAUAGGCUGUCCUCGAUUGAGAUUUGUUCGCGAUAUUCAUCACGCCCAGAGUCGGCGCUGAGUGACGCUGUCACAUCCCUGGAUCUCCGAUAACCUGAUCAAGAGAUGUCUGAAAACCCAUGAUUGCAAGACUAUGUUUCUCGAAUUCAACAAAUUUCUGGCGAGUGGCUCUGGGAAUGACGUGCUCUUCGUGAGCUCGAGGGGAUCGUGCAGUCACAACUUUGUCCUAUCCCACAUGUUGGGCAACGCAUUGAAAAAACAACAGACUGUUCAUCUGAUUUGCUGUGGAGAGAGCUCGCAAUUUUUCUCGCUGGUUUGCCAACGAGCGGGCCUCCCGUUCCGUCAAUCGCUUGAGAAAGGAGAUCUCAAAAUCACCUGUCAGGUCACUUCCUGGCGGGCCCAAGCGGCUAGAGGGGAAGCACUCACAGUCCCUGACGUGGAAAUCGACUCCGAUCGGAAUCUCGUCAUAUUCGACGAUCUACUGCCUCUACUUGACAUAUCGUCAUGUAACGAGGUUCUCCGUCGCGUAUUCGAAAUCAAAGCCAAGGUGAAAUCCAUGCUCGUCAUCGGUUUGAAAGCGGAUGAUCCUGAGAGUGAACGACUCUCGAAGUUCCUGAAGUCGAUGAGUACGAUGUGGGUAGAUGUCUUCCCUCUGAGCACAGGGUACUCGAAGGAGGUACACGGCGUAAUCGAAUUAUCGAAUAUUAACCCAAUCAACGAUUCAAGCAAACAAAAAAUGCACUUCAAAGUCACAGAGAGAGGUGCCAAACUACUUGUGAUAGGAAGUCACAUACCGAUAACGUGAUAUAAAAGU